CAUGAACAUCAGGCGAUUGGAAAAGGGUCAAGAAAUUCCACCGCCCUCUCCGUUCAAGCAACGCCUCAAGUCUCAGAAUGGAACCUCUACUGAGGGCUACGAGCUCCGGCAUAUGCUCGAGAUGCUCAGUCACAUUGAGGAGGCAGCUAAUUCCUGGGCGGCCGGUCAAGCGGUUCGCUCAAACGAAGUCAGCCCAUGGAUUCCGAACCAUCUUCACGACGGCGCCGCACCAGUCGAGGGACAGCAAUAGGUUAGCAAGGAAGUUUACGACGGCCUCGACCGCUCAGGGGGAAGCCGCCGCAGCUUCAGCUUCCCGGAACGAUCCCGGACAGGCCCCGAGAACGCUGCUGAAACCCGACAAUCUGUUCCACUCGUUCACCAACAGCCCGAUCCCGCAGAUCCGACGCCGCGCCGCGUUCAUGAGGCAGCACGCCUACUGCCCCCACCCGCACCACCGGACCACGCGGGUCCCGACGAUCGCGCCGCAGACCGCCGCGCAGCAGGCGUCAGAAGGGUCAGGAGAAGGACAGGGCGGGCACCUCGCCCCGGCCCACGUUGACUUUGAAUGCCCCGACUGCGGCGUGCCGGUGUAUUGCAGCAAAGAGCACUGGAUGGGCGACUACGAGUCGCACCUGGAAAUAUGCGACCAGCUCCGCGAGAUCAACGAGGACGACCACGACUUGCAUUCGGGCCGUUCGUUCCCCGAGUUCGUCAUGGCCGAUGAUCAGCUGCCCGAGGCGGUCGUCAACAUGACCAAUUGGGAUACCUUUAUGUACACGCGCGAGUUCGAGGCGGUCAACGACGAGCGGAGCAUGCGGCAGGUUACCAAGCUGCUGACGUAUCCGAUCACCAUUGGCAGCAUCCUGCAUGAGUUCAGCCCUUAUAGUGUGAAGCAAGGCGGCAGGUUGACGAGCGAAGGCAUUCGCAGUCUGAGUGCCCUUCGAUAUACGCUCCACCCGCCCCGAGGGGCCAAGGGCACGGAAGUCGAGGACCUCCGGCUGGCGGCGCCACCGGUCCGCGUUUUCUGCCUGGGCGCGCGCGCGGAAUCGUCCCUGCCGCGCGACGUCUGGGUGCAGCUGGCGCACCUCUUCCCGGAGAGCAGGAUCCACCUCGUGUUCAUCGGCCCGGAGAGCAUGGCGAACCGGGACGACGAGUUCCCGCUGCCGCCCCGCACGGCGUCGAACCCGUACGGCAUGAUCGUGGAGGACCGGGUGUCGUCGCGCAUGAAGAUCAGCACGAUCGUCGACUACUACCACACGAUCCACAAGAGCGGCUACUUCGAGCCGUACGACCCGUACUUCGACUGCUUCGUCCUCUUCCACCCGGGCUUGGGUCACCCGGCCAGCAGCCACGAGUGGGAGGAGACGCUGCCGCAGCUGCUGGAGACCAAGGUGCCCAUCAUCGCCACGGGGUACACGCAGUUCGACAUGGAGCGGGACAUUGAGUGGGUGCGCAAGAAGGCGGGGGGCGAGUUUGACAUUCUGCUGGAGCCGGGCGAGAAUAUCUUCCGGAGCCUGCGGUGGGAUAUUAACGAUCUUGAUCCCCAGGACGUCAGCUGCGGCAACUGGGGCGUCUGGGCGUUCCGAGGCAAGCGCUACGAGACGACUAUGAGGGAUGAGUAAGUUGAAAAGCAAUGUAAGCGAGAAGGUCCUUGGCGAUGG